UCGUGCUGAGGCUUAGGGGAGGCAUGCAGAUCUUUGUUAAGACCCUCACCGGGAAGACCAUUACCUUGGAGGUGGAGAGCUCGGACACGAUCGACAACGUCAAGGCGAAGAUCCAGGACAAGGAGGGGAUUCCACCGGAUCAGCAGAGGCUCAUCUUCGCUGGGAAGCAGCUAGAGGACGGCCGCACCCUGGCAGAUUACAACAUUCAGAAGGAAUCCACCCUUCACCUGGUGCUCCGCCUCCGCGGUGGUCGCUAAGCCGUUUGGCUUGUUUGUGUCCGAUGCUUUGGUGUCAUCGUCGUUCCGUCUGUCGUUGGCAUGCAUGCAAGUCCGUCCAGAAAGUGGAAUAAGCGUUCGUGAAAUGUCUCUCGUGUCUGUGCGUUGUUUGUUUUGUCAUUUCAAUAAUUACUUGUGGCUAUCGUUGUGUUCAGUGGUAUUAUUGUAUCAACCCAAGUGAACAAUGUGUAUUUUGUCUAAUUGGCCUCUCU